GGAGGUAGUCGAUAGUCGAUACUGAUAGUUACAUUUGUGUUUUGGUAAACAAGAGCCCUUUGGUUUUUGACUGAUAACAAUUUUAUAAAUAUUUUAUGGAUAAUAAAUUUAUUCAUCUUUAAUUUUAUCUCGUUUGUGACAACUUGACUCCUGGCUUGUUGUGUUGAACCUGUUAAUAAACCAUUUUCUUUCUCAUUAAUUUCAAGUCACUGACUUUACAGACUAUAGUAGUGUAUACAAUUAUUCGCAGGCAUAAUGCCAGGGAAUAGAGACAAGCAUGAUAGUCUUUACCAUCCCACCACACGUUCGAAACGAAAAAAGACCAAACUGACGAGAGAAAAAGUCGGUGAUUUGAUGAUUGACUGUUCGAUAAAAGAGGAAGGGUCAAACGUUUUGCCAAAUGCACAAAAACAAGCUGUUGAAUUGCCUGUAAGUGGUUCAAUGCAAGGGGCCAGUUAUGACAACGCACCUGCUGACAUGUCUUCCGCCUCCAAUUUGACAAAAGUUUGUAAUCGAGUGAACAUUAUAAGGUGCAUUGUACCUGCUUGUGGAAGUAACAGCAUAACAUGCCCUAACAUGACUUUUAUUCAUCUACCGAUUGAAAACAAUUUAAGAAAGACGUGGCUUAAAGCUAUUGGUGUCUCGAAUCAGUUAUACCUUCCAAAAGAGAUAAACAGACCACAAUAUUGCUGCCAGAGGCAUUUCGAUUUGACACAUGAUAGCUUGAACUAUGAUAAAUGGUUUUCAGGAGAGGAAGAGUUGAAAUUGUAUAAAGGUGUGUUGCCGCGUUUCAACAUUAAGCUAAAAAAUGAGCAGGAGAUACUCGCAUCCCAAGACUGGCCUUGCUUUGUCCCCAGUUGCUCAAGUAGUGUUCACAAAUGUCCAGGAAAGCUUUUCAUUAAAGUUCCGGCUAUUAAUGAAAUGAGAGCUAGGUGGUUUGAGGCUGUAGGGAGAACAGAUUUCGAUUCAGGAAACUAUUACUGUUGUGUAGAUCAUUUUGACAUGAACGUUGACAUAUGUCGUAAAGACAAAACUUUCUUGAUCAAAUGCGACACAAUCCCGCAUCGCAACAUCAAUUUAAAAACUGUAGUAAAAGAAAUUGAUAAUUACAAUACGACGACAAACAAUGAGAUAAAGAUAAAAAUGGAAAGUGACUAUAUGGAUUUGAUGGAUGAACAAAUUAUGAGCCUGAAGGAGUUAAAAGACAUCUCCACUUCUGAAGUCGUUUGGGUCAGCAAUCCCACAGAUUCGAACAGUGAAGACACCAAUCUGCUCAUUGAUCCACUCAAUGGAAAGGACACAUUCAACCGAGAUGUGAAAUCAAAGGAAAUGUACCUUCUAAGUUUGUUACCCGAUCUUAAAGAAAUGUCCGAAAGUCAAAUUGAGACUUUUAAAACAAAAAUCUAUGAAACUAUUAGAAUAGUUAAGGCAAGAAAGUAAUUAUUUAAUUUGACCAUUUGUAGUAAUGUUUUCAUAUUCUUGAUAUCAUUUAUCUCUGUUACAACAACCCUAUUUUUAGAAACAAUAUAGAAUAACUUGUCAAAAGUUGCUUCACAAAACAAAAUUUUCUUUUGCAUAAAAUCUGAAAACAAGCAACAUUAAUUAUACAAUUGCCAGGACACAUUUUUUAUUUUAUUAAUCACUAUUAUAGUUAGUAACGACAUAAAAAAAUCUUAACUAAAAUGCUGUAUUAUUAUUACCCUUGUGAUUCUGGGUUCAAAUCCCUGCAUAAGCCCAUGGCUUUUUAAUUGAGAAUAGGUAGUAGAUUAAUAAGCCCUCCUGAAUGACAGGAAUUUUAUAUAUAUAUAUAUAUAUAUAUAUUUUUUUUUUUUUUUUUUUUUUUUUUUUAAAUCUGAUCACUUUGACCAUCACUGUUCCCAUUCAACUAUGCUGGUUGAAUGAGACUGUAAUGAUAGCCAAUGAUGUCAGAAUAAUUUAUUAACACUACUAAAAAAAUGUAAUUUGAAAAAAAAAAUUACAAAGUGAUAAAUUAUACUGGUAAAUAAAUUAGCUCUAUCUUGAAAAUAAAUAAAAUCCCUUUCUGUGAUAUUUUUUUAAUUGUUAAUUUAUAAUCGUUGAAUAUUUUUUAAAUUAUGUAAAAACUAGCCAGAAUGUUUAGCCUUUACUUUAGAUAGAAGCGGAUUUUAGUAAAGCACUGUAAAUAUUUAUUUUUGCUGAAAUAAAAUGAUGUUAUAAUUCA